CACUGCGUUCGAGCAAAGCUCGUGGUACAUAACGCUCGCAAGAAUUCAAGAAUGGAGCUGAGUGCCCGCGCGCACUCGAUUUCAUGGAAGUUCUUGAAUCUGAUCUCGGGUCGACGAUGGUAUCGUUGGGAUGUAGAUGUCGAGGUGUGACAGCGGUACGAGAGUGGAGAAAAUCCUUCAAAAAUCGAGUGUUGGGGAAUCAGGUCGGUUCCAGAAGAAGUAGGAGCAAUGCCUUCGACAAUGAGCAAUUCGACGAGUAUAGACUUGGGUAGUCUCCUUGAUUGAAUUGCUGUCUGAUAGGGCUGCAACGUCAUGACGAUCUGUCUCAUUUCGUCCGGUAUCUGAAGUCAUGCGAGGAAAGUAAAUGCGAGGCGUGAGUGCCUGCCAAUGCUGUCAACGAUUGAAUCACGUCCUCAUGGGACGGCUGUGAAUUUGCCUUGAGGGCUCCAUCCCAGGAACAUACAACGCGUGUGUACAAGUCCCAGAGAGGCUCGUAUGCAGAGAACUUCUCCAGAUUCAUUCAAAUCAGAUGCGUCGACAUGCUUCACGCGACGAUCGGGGAAAUGCGGCGUUCAGAACUUUGAGUACGGAAAACGGAGUAUCUAUGAAGUAUCAAACAUCCGCGUGGAGGUUAAAGGGAAACGAAGAGAGACUCGAUGCUGACCAGACCUUGAAGAGAUUUACAAUCUCCGGGAAGGAAAUUCAGACAUAUUCAUUCAAACGCUACAAGGAGUUGUAGAGAUUUAAGACGCAAAGUAUUUCCACAUGUGACAUAUGCAGAUUUGCAGGUGAUGGUGAUGAUGAGAGCCGAUCUACUGAGAUCGCUAUCCGCAUUCCACUCGUGAACAGUAAAUGAUAUCCAUCGAGAUCACCAGUGUGGUGUUGUAGUUGUUCUGCAUCUGAGAUGCAAUUGGAAACGGGGAUUCUAUGUCAAGUAGAUCCGGUAUUCGUAUUUCUCGAAGUGUAGACUGGUGCUUGAGGUAAAACACGGGAUGGUGCAACUACAGUAGACUGGAUCGAAGGGAAUAAGUCCAUGGAGGCCUUGGAUGGACCCCUAGACGCGAAAUAAACGAACUCGGUAAGUACAAUGAAAACAUGAUCUUCAAAAAUGAACUCCAAAAAUGAAAUCAACCUCUAGAAACUUUGGAUCUCUUUGGAAUGCUCCAUGAAACCACUGUCAGUUGUUCUGUACUUCAGUGAUGGACGACAUCUGUUUGUGGUACUAGUUACCUUCAUCUCGUCACUGUGGGGUAUAUUCCUCCAUUACUGCUCCUACGCUCAUGGCUUCCUGCGCAGAUCCUCCUCUUAUCAUUUCUAUAUCCGUUCCUACCUGUCCUCAAAGAGCUUGACAAACUCUUUGAGGAAUGUAACAUGGGCCCAUGCUACAAACUAAUAUCCAGCAUGCAGCAUCCAGAUUAAACAGGCAGACUGUCCCGCGACCGAAACCUUUCUUUUGCUCCGCAUCGAAUUCUCCUCCACUCCUGCACUCCUGCACAAACAUCGACUGCACCAUGCACCUCUGUCAACGUUGAUUCCAGUGGAUGCUCCGUCAGGAUUUGCUGCGAGCACUGCAGCGUCUGCGCUUGAUAAGAGAUUGUGAGGAAGUACCAUGCAUCCAGAAGAGACACGGUACUGUGGCUUAGCAUGAGGGAUCCCACUCCUCAUGGUCGUGAAUCAGUCCACCGCCUCCCUUGCUCCAUGAUCAAAAGUCCUAAUCACGAAGACUCCGGAGUAGUGCCAGUGUAGUAGGCUAAAACGAAGGACAUGCACUGCACUGCUCCCACCAUGCUUUCUUUGUUCAUUCGGUUCUAACCAUGUCAGAUAAGCUUUGAUCCCACGGCAAGAGAUUCUAUAAGCAGGUGGUUACCAGCAGAAGAGGAGCUAAAUGGACUUGGGCCCGACAUCAUAGGUUGCAAUCUGGUACGCGUCGAUCGAUUUGGUUGCGUGGGCUGCAACGCACGCCCGGCGACAUGGUUUGAGUUUGUGUGCAGCCCUCAGUAUAUAGGAAGAUUAUGCAGUGUUGAUGUCACUUCAAAUGUCCUGCAGAGAAGCAUGUACUUCUCCCAACUUGGGAGAAUGUGUUGAGAUUUGAGGCGUGUGGCAGAGCUGGACUGCUGACGGCCUUCUCAAGCAACGACUUCGACCGUCCGUGUCAGAGGGCCCGAUCUGAUCGUGCCUCUAGGAGUAGCUAGAUGAGAUAGAUCGUUGAAUUUCAUCAGUCUCAUGAAUGUUCGAAUGUUGGAGCAUCGGAAAUCAAGACAUAGCUUCUUUUGGAUGAGAGAAAGCUCCGUCAGGUGGAAUUGUGUUGGAGUGUGGAGAUCAAAUUUGACCUCUAGUUGUCGCAUUUGACCUCCAAUCGGCCAGAGGUCCGCGGGUUUCGUCCCCCGCCGCGUCGGUGAUUGGAGGGAUCGUGAUGAAUGUGUAGCUGAGCAAAAUGCAUUCAUCUUCAGAGUCCAAUCCUGUCCACAAUUCAGAUGUUCGCCGUCCUUCAGUUGAUCAGUACAAUCCAGCCAAGCUCUCCGCCUCGCUCUCUGUCCUGCUUGAUAGAAAUGCCCCGCUAGCGCGACUUGAUGCAGGGGUUCUCUUGGAUAGACUGAAGAGGGUUAAAAGCGAGAAUGUUAGAGUAUUCGACGAUUCUUAUUACGAAACCUUCAACUUUGAUGGACUCGACGCUCCAACAAAACCGGGGUUGACGAGGAGAUUGUCGUCGAUAAGAUUGGUCAAUCUCGAAUCAGGCCUCGUGAAGGAGUUGUCAGUUAGAGCUCGGAGAAGCUCGGCAGACACAAGAAAGAUCCAGAUUACGAAUGACCCAGACUUCGACAUUCUUGAAGGUGUAGAUGUUGAAGACAUCUUCCAAGUCAUCACUCGCCAGGGUCGCGAGCCACCAUCUUCCCUCGAGUCUGAGAAGGAGGAUGCCCCUGGUCCGAGCAAGGCGAAUGUGUGUGAAGCAGUUCUAAGAGCUGUAUUUGCUCCCAAAUUCCAAGGAGAAUAUGAGAAGGAGGAGGAAGAGACAGUGGAGACUUUGAGAGACGCAUUUGCUCUACCAGGAUCUCAGUUCGACAAUGCAGAGAGGCGUGCAACAUAUGCAGCUCGCUAUCGUAGAGCAGAGUUGAAAGCCAAAUUCAGGGCACUUAGCAGGGAUAAAGAUGAGACCGUACAACCAAACCAGUUUGGAGAUCAGGCCUCGUACGAAUCAUGGAAGAAACAGGAACUCGAUAAAAUCUUGGAGCUCAUUACAUCUUUGGGAGGCGAGUUGCCUCCGUUUUCAGGAUCCGUGCAAAUCCUGAAAAUUGCUGCCUAUCAUUUGAAGCCAGCAAAGUGGAUCAGACGGUUGCAGUGCAGCAGAGGACGUUCUACAUUUCAAGUAUACUACACAGUCAAAGUACUUUCUUCUACUAUACAAUCUCCCAGUUACCAAAAAGCUAUCGAUCUUGACGGAGAUGAUGCAACUUCACUCUUGGAGCCUGCAUUUCUCAGCAAGGUGGUUGUGUGCAAGGGCAGCGCAGACUGGCAGGGCGAAUCACCGUGGAUCACGGUAAACAGUUUGCAGGAUCAAAUUCUCAUCGAGUUCUGGGAAAGAAGAGAGGAAAAGUGUAUAAAAUUUAGAAUUGCCAACAAAAAGCUGGAUCAUGGUUGCAUGCCCAAUGUGGGAUGUGGUCUCAAGCGGAAGGGCACUGGAAGACGGAAGACAGCACCACGGAUUGGGGACCUAUUCCUCGGCCAAAAAUACGUCAACUUCAGCCACAUCGAGAGGCAGGCAUUAGCUGAUGGCGGUAUGCAAGGCAAAGCUCCCGAGGAAUUGGAGAAUCUGGCCGACGAGAAAAACCGCGAUUGCAUGAGCGUGGUCCAAAUGCAAUUUGCCGCCUGCUGUAAGAAUGAUUCAAGAGAUACACCUCCGAACGAGUUGUUACUGCAACCGCCGGUGGAAGAUCUGGGGAGAGCAUAUGACUGUCUUAUACGCGUUGCUUUUCAAGCAGAUAAGGCAGUGUACAAGCUCGGAAAGAAGUGGGAGAAGGUAGUUGAAGACUUCGCUGCCCACUACCGGAUAAGAACGGAGAGAUGCCAACUUGGUUUGGUUCAAAUUCUGGCCGAAAAAUUCGAACCGACCUUCAGAUACCUAAGUACUGUUGUUGAUGAUUGGUCACCAGUAUGCACAGCAGCCAGAGAAGGAAAACUGACAAAGACUGAGCUUGCUAUGCACAGCGAUAUUGCUCGGAUACUAGCUAAACCAGCAGAGGAGGCUUUGGAGAACUUCCAGACAACGUUCAAUGAAAGUCAACCGGCUGGUUCGUUAUCCAAGCUGCUGGAACUUUUGGCGCUCAUUCUUUGCUGGGAUCCAAAUGUAAACGAAAUUUUAAUCCCCCUCAGGGGAUGGAUCGAGGACUCUUGCGAGAAGAGGGUACGAAGUAAGCUCUUCUACGACGCUAAUGGCGAAAAGCAAGAAGAGAUUACGUUACAGAAUUUAAUCGAGACAGUAAAGCUGGUCCGUUCCGAUAUAGAGGAGCACGGAAAAGUGUAUCAGCGCGAAUUUCCACCUGAUAUCAAGUUGCCCACAAUCACCGCACGCAUUCAUUACAAACUGGUUAUCGAAUACACAAAAAGUUUUGUAGACAGCGUCGCUGAAAAGACCUUCACUAAAGAAUACGGGGAGCUUGCUUCAGAGUUACUAGCUCUGCAACAAGACGUUGAAAGACAUGGAAUACAACUUCCUUUCGCGGAUAUUCAUCACAUUUUCGAGAAAAAUAUUUCCGAGUGGCUCGCCGUGAUGGAACCUCGCAUGUUUGACUUCGUCAUGAACAGUUGCAGUGGUGAAAGAUGGGAACCUUUAACCAAGGCCACAACAAUGACAGAGACUACCUUUUUAUAUUCGGGAUCUGUCAUUGAUUUGUACUGGAUGAUGACUGAAUACGUUGAUGAGCUAACUUCCCGGCUUCUCAUUUUACCGUCCGGGCUACAAUAUGUGUGGCACAUCGAGGCUGGAAUUUGUGCUGCUGUACAACUUUACGUUGGACGGCUUGAAAAACUUUGCCUCCGGGAUUUGCCUGAAGAGGAGCGGGGAACUGUGGAUGAUGACACUGAUGAAUCGGAUUCGGACAUUGGAACCAUCACUGUCAAUGCUCCGCACGCUCCUUCUCAGUAUAUAUCAAUGUCACUGUGUGUUAAGCUCAACAACAUCAAUGAGGUCAUACAGCGCCAGCAAGAGCUUGAAUCUUAUCUGGAUAAGAAGCUUCAGUUUUUUGUUCCGAGCGUGAAUGACGACGAUGAACUAUCUAUGUCGGAGGACUUUGGAACGGAAGAGAGAUUCCAGUCUGUAAAUGACGACCUGGAUGCAAAAAAUAAAGUUGGGGAGAAAUUCAAGGAUUUGGGGAAAGUUAUUCAUCACACUUACAACAAUGUGAUCGGAUCAAUCGUUGAAAGGAUGCAGGGCCGGCUCAGGUUGGAGCUACAGACAGUGCUGAAAAGCGUGCCCGAGGGAGAUGAGUAUGCAAUUGAGGAUGUAUUGGAGCCUUUGACCAGCUACAUGGACGAAAAUAUAGUAGUUAUGAAUGACUGGCUGCACCCAACUAUCUUCAAGCGUUUACUCAAGGAAAUGGCCAAGGCGCUGUUCUUUUGCAUGGAAGAGUUUGUUCUGAACAAGGAUGAAGACCCCACCCCCAUGACACCACAUCAAAGAGAAAUGCUCAAGAGAAGUUUAACUGAACUUUAUGACUAUUUCGAUGGUUACGGACAAAGUAAUGGACGAGGAUUGACUUUGAGUCAAACCCAUCAAGCUUGUGCUCGUCUGCGUAAGAUUCUGGAAUGUUGGGAUCUGAGCACGAGAAUAUUAUGUACUCGGUACUGGCCUGCUUGGAUAAAAUUUAAUGACUACAUGUUUCAGAAGCAAGAAAGCUCUCGCCAAAUACGUUACAACUCUGAGGAUAAUCUGAGGAGUACUUCCUCUUCGUCAAUAGAUGAUGAACCUUUGGACGAAGAAGUGGAGCUUCAUGUGCUAGACUACUUGUGGCUUCUUAAGCAGAGAAAAGACGACGAAGCCAAGGAGCUAGUUGCUACUCAGAGUCUAAUCGCUACUGAAAAGACGACACAGUUCAUAUUUGGUCUGCCUAGAGAUGAGGAAAUCAUCGCAUCAUUCAGUUGCAGGGACGCAUCUAAAAAGGAGGGUACUUUGUAUAUUACUACCCACCAUAUUGCGUUUGCCGAGAACAACGUAGUAGCAGCUCACAAUCCGCGGUUAUUCGUGCUUUCUUUCGAACGCCUUAUGUCCGUGCACACAAAAGGCGAGAAUACUGUGGUCCUUGUACCAUUCAAUCUCCGUCCAAAAUCAUUCACAAACUUAUCAGAUUCAGCUGCUGUCCCUCGCACUAUAUUCGACCAGAUAGAAGGAAGUGGAACGUACUUAGAGAAAAGUAUGAGGCCCUCAUAUUCUAAACAGAAUAGUCUUUCCGACAUAGUUCUUAAAGAAUAUCAUUGUUCGAAGCGCCAAGGUGUGAUUCGCCAACUACGUGGUACACUGGUGAUUUCAGCAACGCAUAUCACUUUCGAACCGCUGGAAAUUCUAAAACAGGAGAGAGAAUCCAUGGACUUUGCAAGCAUCAGCAACGUAGCAGAGAGAAAAGGUCUGCGAACCAGUUGUCUGGUGAUUGAUCUUAAAUAUGGAGGUCAUAUUGAGUUCGUGGAGUUUACAAAAACCGAACUCUCACUUCCAGAAAUAGUGAAGGAGAUUCAGAAAUUGGUUCUAUCUACAUGACAAUAAUUUCAUAAACGAAGAGGUGAUUCAAAGAAACAGAAAAUGAGUUCAUUGUGCAUUGUUUGCGAUGUUCAGCAUUCUAAAUUUUCCCCUUAUUUGCAUAAGCCUCAAAUGUCCCACCUUUACCUAGGUAACUAAACCCACAACAACUACAGAAGAUGGGCUCUCUCCACCUUAUCAGGGGCGAGUCUUGGUUAAGGGAAAAUUCAUAAUGUACUAGGAGAAAAUUCACUUGGAAACUGCCCUUACCAAGCCCAGAUCCGAUUCAGACACCUCCAACUACAUUGGAGAUUGUUUGUUGCAAAUUGUAAAUGCACCAAGUUGGAGGUGCAUUUACACCUCCAACUUGCAGAUUCUGCAUGGAGAAUCUGCAAGUUGAGAGUAAUGUAAAUGUAUUCCACAAACUUGAACUAGAAAUAGAAGUUUUCAAUCUCUCCGAAGAGGUCAUAGCACCUUCUACUUGUAUUGACCAAUAUGAAGCAAGUAGGAACGUAUGUACGAGGAUAGGGUAACAAGAAGUCUGGUUCCAUAAUACGUAGAAUCGGCGUAGAAUGAUCUCUCUUAAAAUGUCUCUUAGAUAACAACUGAAUGGAAAAAUGUAUCUAUACACACAUUCUGAUGCCGA